AUGUCCCGCCUCAUUGUAAAGAAUUUACCUGCAUACCUCACUCAGCAACGUCUGCGUGCACACUUUGAAGCUUCUGAUGGACCUGGCGGAAUCCUUACGGACGUGAAGCUCGUGCACAACCCAGACGGCACCUCGCGGCGCUUCGGGUUCAUUGGGUACAAGACGCCUGCUGAAGCGGAGCGAGCUAAGAAAUGGUUCAAUCGGACAUUCGUCGACUCGUCACGCAUUACCGUCGAUGUCGUUGAUGGUGCAAAAGAUGCUCCGUUGCCUCGUCCAAACAAACGACCUCGGCUAGGUCCCUCACCCGCAGAUGCUCAAGCUGUCGUGCAGGUCCAUGUUAAUUCGAAGUCCGUCGCGAAGGUGUCAGAAGACGCCGGAGUGAAGUCGACGAAGGGCGGCGAUCAGCUCGAUGAGUACUUGCAGGCUAUGAAGCCUCGAACCCAGAAGGGCCCCUCAUGGGCAAAUGACGAACCUAAGAAGGGUAAGAAGGCUAAGCCUCCAUCCCCCGAGCACGAUGCUCAGGCUGAUGCCAAUGCUGAGGAACCACCUGUCGAUGAAGGUGUAUCCGACAUGGAUUGGUUCAAGCGGCAUACAAAACUCGUGCAUGAGACUCCUAAUGAGCACCCAGCAGAACGUGUUUAUGAACAGUCUGAUGAUGAGUCGGUGGAUCAGAGCCCUAAGCAACCUCCAGAUAGCGCAGAGGAGGAACCUCCACCAGACCCAGUGAAGACCACGAUAUUGCAGACCGCCCGCCUAUUCCUCCGUAAUCUUGCUUUCGCAAGCACCGAGGAUGAGCUGCGAGAGCUGUUCGAGUGUCAUGGGGAGGUUACCCAGGUUCACAUACCCCUUGAUUCCACUUCGAAGCAGUCAAAGGGUCUCGCCUACGUCACAUUUGCGAAGGCUGCGGAUGCCCUGGCUGCGUAUGAGGCACUUGACAAGACCUCAUUCCAGGGCCGUCUGUUGCAUAUCCUUCCCGCGGUCGACCGGAAGACGAAGGCGGAACCUGAGAAUGGGAAAAGGUCGGUGAAGGAUGAGCGUGAGGCGAAACGGAAGGCGGGAGCGGGUAGGGAGUUCAAUUGGGCCAUGUUGUACAUGAAUAGCGACGCCGUGGCAUCGUCGAUCGCGGAUCGAAUGAGCAUCUCGAAGGCGGAUAUCCUCAACCCGGACUCGGGUAACGCGGCGGUCAAGCUCGCGCUCGCCGAGACGCACAUCAUCAACGAGACAAAGUCGUUCUUCGAGUCGCACGGUGUCGUCCUGUCCGCAUUCUCGGCGCGACAGCAGCGCUCGGACACGAUCGUCCUGGUCAAGAACAUCCCUUACGGCACGUCCGCGGACACGCUCCGCACCAUGUUUGGCACGCACGGCGACCUGCGCCGCGUACUCGUCCCGCCCGCCGGGACGCUCGCCGUGGUCGAGUUCGAGCACGCAGCCGACGCGCGCAACGCGUUCCGCUCGCUCGCGUACCGCCGGCUGGGGAACUCGGUCAUGUACCUCGAGAAGGCGCCUUUGGGGAUGUUCACGGAGGACGCGGCCCCCGAUGCCAGCCCGAAGCCAGCGGUCGUCGCGACGGCCGUCGCCCCGAUCAAGGCGCCAGUCAGCGUGGACGCGGUGGGCGACAGCGCCGCCGACGCGGCCGAGCCGCAGCUCUCGGCGGGCACGACGCUGUUCGUGAAGAACCUUGCGUUCAGCACGAGCAACGAGGGGCUCGUGCAGGCGCUGCGGCACCUGCCGGGCUUCGCGUUCGCGCGCGUGCAGACCAAGGCGGAUGCGGCGCGGCCGGGCGUGCGGCUGAGCGCGGGGUACGGGUUCGCGGGGUUCAAGAGCAAGGACGAGGCGAAGCGCGCACUGAAGGCGCUCGAGGGCGUCGUGCUUGACGGGCACGUGCUGACGGUGCGCUGGGCGGGGCGCGGGGCGGAGGAGGAGACGGAGGCGAAGGGCGAGGGCAAGGCGCGCUCGGCGAAGAUGAUUGUGAAGAACGUGCCGUUCGAGGCGACGAAGAAGGACAUCCAAGAGCUAUUUGGUGCACACGCACAGCUCAAGUCUGUCCGCCUCCCGCGCAAGUUCGACCACCGUACACGCGGCUUCGCCUUCCUCGAGUUUGUCUCCCCGCACGAGGCCGCGCGCGCAUAUUCGACGCUUCGGCAUACGCAUCUGCUCGGGCGGCACCUCGUCUUGGAGUGGGCCGAAGACGGCGCAGCGGAUAUCGAGGAGCUGCGCAAGAAGGCGGGCGUCGGUUUCGGCGGCGGCAAGGAUAUGCCUGGCAGGAAGAGGAAGCUGAACCUAGGUGACAAGGAAGGGAAUGAUGUUGAGGAGCUAUGAAAGCAUUCUCGUGGGCAUGGAUUGAAACCGUAGGCAUUAGCUCCCUGACAGUGGAACGUACACAUAACUUUGAUUGUGCUCCGCUUC